AUGUCCUUGAAAUCUUCUAUUCUCAUCAUUCUUCUUCAAAUAGUUUCGGUCGAAUGCUUAACAACCAGUUGUCAAAAGAAUCGCUUUAUUGAUUACAAUCAAUUAAUUGAAACACGUUGUAUCAUCGAAAGUUGUAUUCUACCAUCGAACUGCACUGUGCGAGCUGAAUGUGAAUGUAAACGUGAUUAUGUCGUUCGAUAUAACGUCACAAUUGAACAUGAAGACGAUGAAGAUGAUCAACAUGACGAUGAUGAAGAAGGAAUGAAUGUUCAUUUAGGUGUGAUCUCUCGAUCGCCGAAAGACAAAUCUCAUCCCGCGAUUUUCAUUGGUGAAAGUUAUCCAUGUUUCUAUGAUGAACGUGACAUUAGUACUGUGUUUUGUUUUCACAAUGAUUCUUGUUCCAAUCAUUUAUCUUCUAUUAAUCAUUAA